AGAUGGCGUCCCUCCAACCAGAUGUAUAGUUCAGCCGGGAGCAAUAUAGGCUCGACGCCCUUUGAAGUCGCAUCCAAUCGCCAGAGGUCAUCCAAUCUCAAUUUCUUCGACAGCGAUACUAGGGCAAACACGGAAGUCCACUCGCAAAUGGAUUUCCACGAUACGUCCAGUGACUCUCCUGUGGGUAGAGAACAAUCUGACAGACAAGACAAUCCGCAGUCGAAUAUACAGCCUAUGGCGUCACAGGCGAGUGACAUGUCGCCGUACGUCAUCCCCGAGAACCUCCUUGUGUACGAGAGGCUCUUGAUUCAGGAUCAGAACGCUAAGCUCAGUGUGUUUGCGACAAGACCAGCCAUCUACCACUGGCAGACCAAUCUGCUGUCGGAGAUCAUGGCCGCCUUCGCGUUGAUAUGGUUUGCGCUCAUGAUCGAAGAGAACGGAUACUUGAUGCCCAACGAGGAUGGCAUGACCGCCUUUGUGAACCAGACCAGUCCGUUUAUGGUUGGUGCACUAGUGACGGGCUGCGUACUUGGCUAUGUUGGGCCAACCGGAUUCGCCGCGAACGCUGCCAGAGAUCUUGCGCCGCGCUUCUUCCACUUUAUCGCGCCCAUUCCAAAUAAGGGACCGUCAGAGUGGCACUACGCCUGGGUCCCAAUUCUAGGGCCAUACAUUGGCGGUACUAUCGCUGGUCUGUGUUUUGUCGGCACGAGGAAUCUGCUCACAUACCCCGCCUGGUCGUCGGCGAUUGUAUCACAACAAACAAUGUUCGGCGGCUUGACGGAUGUGUUUUAAAAUUAAAACCAAGCCCAUCUUAGCGAAAUCGUAUCACAUUCAUUGGCCUUCGGAGCCUUGAGUAUAGUUCUCUGAAAAUAGUGCGUAUCGUGAUAACACGGUAUACCCGAUUGUAAUCCUACCUAGCCGUAUGUAGUGUGCUUGGUGAAUGUCUUCUGAUGAGUUACUUCCUCGCAGAAGUGACUACAUUCGUCAAACUCAGAUGUUGGUCUGUGUCGCGUGGUAGCUUGUUCAUUGAGUGUUGCCGUGUUCGCCUUCUGCAGGAAUUGUAUUUGUCCAGCAUGGCGCUAGCAAACUAUGUAGAAACACAGGCAGAUGUACUUAUUCUGAAUAUUGGGGUGUAUCCUCGAUUCUUUUGCGCCACAAAACAACUGAGGUGAUUUAAACAGCGAAGCAGGCCGGACGGAUGUAGCUCAUAAAAAUAAUAAGCUUGUCGAGGGAUUACAACCACCGACGACAGCUCUAGAACCUACUUCUAGGAUUAUACUGCCAGCUUUAGAACCUACUUCUAGGAUUGUACUGCUAGCCGAAUUGAGGAUAUCGACGGCUUGACAAAUGCGGUUUUUAAGCCCCAUGCCCUCGCUUCAGAGUGCAUGGUGCUGUAGGUUUGUGGGGAAGUGGUUUGAACUUUGUAGCCCCACUUGUCACACGUCUCGGCAGUAGGAGCCUGCUCAGCUAAAUAAAUUCUAGAAGCCUGUGCAAACGAUCGCGGUUUCUAUUGAGGUGACGGGUAAGUGUACCUGUACGCCGCAGCGGCUUUUGGGUAUUUGUGAG